ACCGGAACGACGUAGAAGUAUAGAUUGCCGGAGCGAGUGCGGCACGGACUCAGUCCUCCAGCGAGCUCCACCGAGGACUUGUUGAUGCUGUGAAACCCGCCGAGAGGUAUCCUGGUCUCUUCCUGGUCGAGAGGUGUGACGGCGUUCCAGGCGAGCUGAUCGUUUUAGCGCCGAAGAUCAGUACACCUCCAGCGGUAUGAAGGCGUGUGCGGUGAUUACGACGCUGGUGCUGGUGGCGAACACGGCGCACAUCGGCGUCGAGGCGUGGGGCGGCCUCUUCAACCGCUUCAGCCCCGAGAUGCUGUCUAAUCUCGGGUACGGCGGUCACGGCAGCUAUAUGAACCGUCCUGGGCUAUUACAGCAGUCACUCUCGGAAGGAUAUAGCGGCAUGUACGGGGAAGGUUCGGAGUCUACGGAAGAGCCUUGUUAUGAGAGGAAAUGCGUGUACAACGAUCAUUGCUGCCCGGGCUCCAUUUGCGUCAAUAUCGAUGGAGUUGUCGGAACGUGCGUCGAGGACUUCGGAAUGAAACAGGGCGAGCUGUGCAGAAGGGACAACGACUGUGAGACCGGCUUAAUGUGUCAGCAGAUUCCAGGACGCGACGCGAGAUCAUGUCAACCACCGACAACUUCGAACAAGCUGUAUAAUGAGGAAUGCACCAUGUCGAGCGAAUGUGACAUCAGCCGCGGACUGUGCUGUCAGCUGCAAAGACGACAUCGGCAAACACCCAGAAAGGUCUGCUCGUACUUCAAGGAUGCCUUAGUUUGCAUCGGGCCGGUGGCGACGGACCAGAUUAAGUCUGUCAUCCAGUACACCUCCGGCGAGAAACGGAUCACCGGACAGGGCAACCGGAUGUUCAAGCGGAUGCCGUUCGCCUAAACGCUCCGCUCUUGUACCUGGCGGCACGAUGAAGGGGAAGUAUACUCUGAUAAGCUACAAGAAAAUCAAAUCCUCCUUUAGUCGUUGUGAAGAGUACCUAGGCUAAGUCUGUCGACUCGGCAUUAUCUCGAUUUCCUUCCUAGUCCUGACACACACACACACAACACACACACACACACAUAUAUAUAUAUAUAUACACAUACAUACUCCUCCACGUCAAUAAUACAUCGGGAAGUAUAUAGAUAUUCCAAUAUAUAACGACAGAGAGCAUUAAAAGAGCCAUACGACGAGAAGUGAGACUAAGUGUUACCUCGGAGAAUAGAGACUCGCGUAUGGCGCGAUGCGCCUUCGAGGUUGCUUCUUCCUCGAAUAGCGCGACUGACAAAAAGUAUAAACACAUAUCAUAGUAGUCCGUCUGGUAGGUCUCUAAGGAAUAAGGGACAUGCUAGAGUAAUCGUGAUAAGGAAGAGCGCGUGACGAAUAAGAGCGCCGUUCGACAAAGAUGUUUCUUAAUGAUUUUUAGAGGUAAGGUAUAUGGAUCGUUUGUGUGUGUGUGAGAGAGAGAGAGAGAGAGAGAGAGAGAGAGAGAGAGAGAGAGAGAGAAAGAACGAAAGAGAAGAAGAAGGGAAAGAAAGGAAAGAAUCAUCAGACAAUUUGUCUGUUGCCGGUCCGUCACCGGCUGAUGUUUCCUUUUCGAGAUGUAGUGAGAGAUUAGCGGAUCACUUAGUCGUUCGUGAUAAGCCGUGGUUACAGUAUAGUAAAGAUAAGUACGAGAAAGAGAAUAGGACGGGGAGGCGUGCACAAACGAAGAUCGCAAGUACGUUGUUAUCGUCGCAGUGUCAUCACUGUCCAAUUCCGUUCCGUUAGUCGACGAUAAUUUCUCUUGCGCUGUACAAAUCGAGAAAGUUCAUCUUACUCGGGGACUCCCGAGGCGAUGUAACGAGAUACUCCCAACGAAACGCUGACACAACGAUGUUGGUCGGAAUACGUUACGAGUUGUAAUCCACAUCUUUAGUUAAGGAUCGAGAGAUCCCGACAAAAGUCAGGAUCAGCCAACAAUUUCGAGGCCGUGGCGAGAAGUACACUCUUCGGUGGCUGACUUGGGAUCCUCUAUGGGAAGAUCAACGGGAAGGUCUCUUGUGAUGAAGAAGAAAUUGAGAUAAACUCGCCCUGGAGGAGAAUAGCAUUCUCAAUCGUGAAAGUAUCUUCUAGCUUAUAGCUCUGGGGUGAUUCUCAGUCAUCAAUUGUAUAAUCGAUCGUAGAAGAUAAAGAGAACACGCAGAUCCUGAGAGAAACCGACGAGUGUGCUGUCGCGCGUCCCGUUGCACAUUCAAACGCACAGAUCGUAGUACUCGUUCUUUUUCCCGAAUGGUCGUCCGGCGUACAAUAUUGCGGAGAAGGACGCGAGACGUCGCGUGACGCGAAAAGUCUCAACGGUGAGAGAAAUAUUUUCUACGAGGAAGAGCUGAAAAAAGGCGUAAUCGAUGCACUAGCUCGUAAUCCGGUCGAUGUUUUCGUGAGUCUAACCUUUAGGAGUCGUAUUACUUAGACGUUUACCCAACCAUGUCAGAUAAUAUUACAUAUUUACCCGUAUUUCUCCCCUCCCCCCCGAAAGAACUUCGCACUAUCAGUAACGUUGUACUCGUAAUAGUGUUAAGUCGUAUCGUGGAGUUGCAGAAAGAAGUUGCAUUUUAACGUGGCAGGAUUAUCACAUCGUAAACGGACACAUAUCAAAGAAGGAGGAAGUCGCUUCGCUAGCUUAUAUUCUCAGAGAGAUAUAUAUAUAUAUAUAGUGUUAAAUAAAUAUAUAUACAUAUAUAUACGUAUAUACGGUGACAAAGAAUAACAAUGAAGCACUUUAACUCUUAGUGGAAAAAAGAAAACAUAAAAUCUAGGUGUGCGUUAUUAUUGUUCGUUUAAAAAAGCAAACAAGAAGAAAAAGAGAGAAGACACGGGAUAAAACCCAAAUGAGAGUAAUAAUAAAGGAGGGAAAGUUACUAAAGUAUCGCGGAAAUCGCUCUGUUAAGUAUUAAUCGCGGAAAUCGCUCUAUCGAGUAAUAAUAUCGUGGAAAUCGCUCCGUUAACUCUACUAACGUUAAUGAAAUCGUAAUACUAAAUAUAUAAUUGUAUCUGUGGCUACCCCGUUAUGUGAAAUAUUACUCUGUGGAAAUUCGUUAAUAUUAAUCGUUACUCGUCGGAGAAAGCUCAACGUUACGGCGAUGCUCGCUCGAGAUGUCGCGCAACGUUCUUUCUAAAGCGUGGCAGACGCAAUAACGUCGUGAGCGACGAACGCGUUCGAGAUCGUGACGAGAUUUAUGAAUGCGCGAUCGUGCGAAAAGCGCCAAGUUGAGCGCUUUACGAAGACCACGUUCGCGCACGAUUUAGCAAGAAUAGCGAGCAACGACGAUGCUCUAAGUAUGCUUCCCAGUAUGCGUAGAGAGUACCUGUCACAACUGUCUUGUUAAGAAAGAAAGGAGGAAGGAAGGAAGAAGGAAAGAAAAGUGUGAGAAAAGCUCUCAGCGAACCGUCGCUUUUCACGCCACUGGUGCUACAAUCGCCGAGAGAGUCCCCUGACGGCAUUAUUACGAUUGUAAUCCUCUAACUCUCGAUACUUCCCAGAAACCAAAGAAAAAAAAAGAGAAACGUUAACCUACCUGUGUAAGUGAAACUCAAAACAUAUCAUGCGGAAUGCCUAAUGCAUUUAAGAGAGUUCUAAAUAUGAAUGUUAACUACGAGAGAUAUAUAUAUAUAUAUUAUACACAUAAAUAUUAUAUCCUAUUGAAAUUAUAUUUUUAUCUUCGA